AUGUUGGGUCUGCCUCUGGGAAAUGUUACAAUAAAGUCCAUGGCUUAUAGAGAAGUCACAGACGACACGAUAACUGUUUGGAAGAAACAAUUCGAUGAUGAAGAUAAUAUUAGACCAAGGGAAGUUCAACAAGUUAUUAUGCAAACAACACGUGCGGAUUUACUCUUUAAAGUAAACAUCUUUGUCCUGUUGUGUAAUAUACUAGGUCAGUCGAUGAGCAUAGGAACAUGUGACCUGUCCAUGCUAUCAAAACUCACGAAAGACCUGGAUCUAAGUGACAUUGAUUGGUGUGGAUAUGUUUUUGAUUGCCUUAAGGAGAAAAAAGUGCAUGGAAUCCAAACAUCAAUAAAGGAUUCUAUGUUGGGCCAAUUAUAUUACUGCUGGUAA